AUGGCGACCACUCCACGGAAUGGCGUCCACGCCAAUGCGCUCCCCGGGAAUCUUCUGCUGGUGAUCCACGACUUCGUUGCUAGGAGCACGGAUGAGUUGAGCCUGGCCAAAGGCGACCGCAUUGAGUUGAUCGAGCGGGAUGAUGAUUUUGGGGAUGGCUGGUUUCUGGGCCGUCAUUUGGGCAAUAGCAAGACGGGACUGUUUCCGGAAGUGUAUACGACUCCCGCACCCAAAGGCACAUUAAACACCACGGCCCAGCAAAGGCGCGUCAGCGAUGGCCCACCAAAGAGCGCAGGCAACGCGAGCGACAGUUCCAUGUCUUCGCCCACAGCUGUCCGACAUCUGUCCGGCCCAACGACGAUCCAAAGACCCGUCAGCUCCGCCAGCCAAACAUCGCCGACAGCGCAAACGGCUCUGCGAACAAGCCUACCUGCCUCCGCUUCUUCACUAGCUACGCGUAGCAAUGCCUUCAAUGUCGACUCUCCGGUGAUGAACGAGACCCUCUCAGUGAUCAAUGAACACAUUACCGAUCUCAACACACCGCGAUCGUCUUUCACGAAUGGCAACAAGCGCGACACGAUGGGCAGUGUAUAUUCCACUCAGCCGCUAAAUAGAAUGUCAUACAUUCCCGGACAUGAGACAGACGAGGACGAGACGGCGCAUACAGAGGAUGAGGUCAUGUCGUGGAGUCCGGCGCGAGUCGCCGAGUAUCUUGAAGAUCAUGGCGUGGAGAAGCAGCAUUGUGAUGUUUUCGUGGAGCAGGAGAUCAGUGGUGAGGUGCUGCUGGCUAUGGACCAGAGUAGUGUCUUCAUCAAGGAGUUUGAUCUGGGCUCCGUAGGCAGAAGGCUGAAGACGUGGCAUCGGAUCAAGGCGCUGCAAGAUGAAGUGCGUAAGGCAAGUGUCGAGCCGGACAAGAGUGUUAUGAGCGAAGACUACUCCACGACUGCCGGUGCAGAUGAUGCGAGUGUGGUGAGCGAUGCGCCUAGGAAUCGCAGCUCUACGGUCGGCACUUCGUACCUUCCUCGCGGCCUGGAACCUGGCGCUCGCCAAAGCACAAACGGCAGGAGCAACACCAUAACUGCACCUGUCGCCUCUGAGGCCCAGACGUCAACGCCCACGAUUGGCUCAGAUCUUGCUCGCACGCCUUCGAAUGCGAUCAGCCCCCUGCAAACCAUGACUAGCUUGUCGCGACCAGAGAACACGUACAGACCAUCCGCACAAGUCAUCCGCCAAAUGCAGCACUCGCGACGACAUUCCAGCAUCGACUCGACAUCUUCGGCAAACGCUGCGCGCGGUCAUCGAAAACAGCCUAGUAUCGAUCAGAAGUGGCAACCGGGUCAAGCGAUGGCGUCAGCAGUGAAUGGUACCACCGCCAGUGCCAAGCCCGCUCACGCGCACACCCUCAGCUCCGAUACUCCAGCCAGCUCAAGUGAAACUCCAGCUUCACCCGGCGACCUCGACCGCGGCUACUUUUCCGAUAAUGCGACUUCCAACCCUCCCAAGAGAAGUGGUCUGCUGCAGAAGAAAAACUCGAGUGCGGGCGCAACUGUAAGCCCCAUGCCAAGUCGAGCUAGUAGCUUCCUAUUCGGCAAUCGUGGUUCGACGCAGACGAGUAGUGCGACCUCGAAUCCUAUGAACGAUCCCGUAUCACCGGUUAUGACCAAUCUGACUCCUGGCCCGAGCACAUAUGUUGUUGGUGGGUUGGGAUCUGUGUAUGUGAGGCCUAAUCCUUCUACCCGAAGAAGUGCGACUAGUCCGGAGCUGAUACGGCCACCGACGGCGACGCGCACGGAUUCACAGUCUAAGAUGGAUCCGGUUGUGACGAAACUGGAUCAUAAUGCUAGUCCUGCGCAAGGGACUGGCAAUACUUCGGCCACUUCGAGUCCGAGUACUGCGCAAAUGGGCUUCUUUGCUACGCAGAAGCAAAAAUUGGCUGGCUUUAGGUCGUCAAGCGAUGCUGUGACGAAGGCAGAGAAGACGACAGUAGAUGUCCCUUCGUCCGUACCUGAGGAAGCAAAGGCGCUCACCUCGCCAACAAGAACUGGUUCCACGACUCCGAGCACCGACACUAGGAGUUUCGAUGCGCAGAAGUCGCUAGAUGGACAAAGUCGGCGGACGUCGACGGGAAGUGGAAGCAAGCUCGCGCCGCCAGCUACAGGUCCUGCAAAGCGAACACGACCAAAGACAAAAAAAGCAACGAGUGCAUACACCCGAGGACUAGAGAAGAUCACCCCAGCAGAGCAACUAAAACGAGGCUGCGACUACUCCGGCUGGAUGAAGAAGAAAAGCGGCUCGCUGAUGUCAACCUGGAAACCACGACUUUUCAUUCUGCGAGGCAGAAGACUAUCAUACUACUAUUCCGAAAACGACACGGAAGAAAAAGGCCUCAUAGAUAUCUCCUUCCACCGCGUCCUCCCCGCUACAAACGAAACCCUCACCGGUCUCCAUGCUGCCGUCACAGGCGCCGCCGCCUCACCGACAAGCCCAACCCAUACCACGACCUCAGCCGCCACCCAAGCAGCUAUAGACCUCAGCAAAACCGUCCCCAAACCCGGCGAAUCGCCCUCAGAUGGGCUUUUCAUCUUUAAACUCGUGCCCCCAAAGUCCGGCCUCGCGAAAGGUGUCAGUUUCACGAAACCGACGGUGCAUUAUUUCGCUGUCAACUCCCGGCAGGAGGGACGGUUAUGGAUGGCGGCGCUGAUGAAGGCGACGAUUGAUCGGGAUGAGGAUGGGAGGGUCACGACGACUUAUAAUCAGAAGACGGUUUCUCUCGCGAAAGCGAGGUUGAGGAGGGAGAGGCCGCCGGGGUUAAGGGAGGACGGGGUUGAGGGGAGGGUCGAGUUGGAUGGUGGUGCAGGGGAUGGGGCGGGGGAUGAUGGGGCGAGUUCAGUUAUGACGGGUACGCAGUCUGGAUUGGGGAUUGAGGGGUUGGGUGGGACGUCAAGUCGAGAUGAGGAGGGUGUGAGCUUGGCGGAGGCGGUUGCUGCGGUCGGUGGGGCGGAGCAUUCGACUACCGCCUCGUCUACGGCGCUCGGAGAGAUGGGUUUGGGGUCGGGUGCUGCUGAGGCUAGCAGUGCGCUUGCGCCGGGCAUUACGGCGGCGGGUGUAACGCAAGGGAGGUUGCAUGCGUCAGAGGAGAAGGAGGUGGUGCCUGGUGCCGUUGGCUGA